GUGCCAAGCCUCUCUUUAUUUUCCUUGGUGUCCCGAGUAAAUACAACGUGAAUAUAACGGCGAACUGAACACACCACCGGGUGAGGUAUUGUUUAUGCAUCUUCAAAUACAUUUGGCUCCUUUCUAUAGCACCAUUGGACCACAAAGACCACUUGAAAGCACCCCAAUUGGCAACAGCUCGUCUUUUUUUGGUGGGCGUCAAUAGAGUCUAUUAUUUACAUGCAACUGAUUUAAUUAUGUUGACUAGUAGGGGGACGGGACGCGUAAUGAUGUGUCAACAGUGACAUAAAUAGCAACAGUGCUUGGAGACUUUGUUCAUAUAAGUAUCUAGGCUUGGCAGCAAGGACAAUUUGUGUCGCUCGAAAGCGGUGGUCUUAAGUUAUACCAUAGGCUAGCCAAUUUAAAUUUCUUGGAACGCCCAUUAAAGGGUGUAAACGCAAACUGGCCACUUGCUGCACUUGCGACAGCUUUUCCUUAAUACUUAUCCCUGAUAAACCCGAGGGAUUAACAUGAGGAAAAGCCGCACUGUAAAGGAUUAAACCCGGCGCUGUACUAAGCCCGCUAAAUCUGGCACAGCUAGCUACAGCCACCCUGUCCUUGUUCAGAUAAAACACAAUUCCUGAUGACUCUUGGAGUGAGAUCAACAGGUUGACCAUACGAAAAGAGGCGAACAAGAAACCGUAACCCAAUUGGAUCAGAUUGAAUAUCUACACCAACUUCCAAUCCAAGAGAAGAAGGGUCAACUUGAUGUCGAAGCUUUCUGAAGAAAUUUGUUGUCACACCUUGUGAAAAGCAACUCCGAGUCUCAUCGGAAUAUCAAUGAACGAUUUCUGCCGAACUACUUCACUGUGAAAAUGAGGUUUACAAUGUUCUGACUGACGUGGUUGUGUGUUGCAUUUAAAUAGGUCUACUUGUUACCCCAAAAAAGAUGUUCCGAAAGGAGGCUCAGAGACACAACUCUCUAGACAAGAACCACGGGACUGGUCGACAGUGCUGACUCCAUAAAUGAGGAUAUUAUGAACGGAUACUAGACUCUGCUCAAGUUCAAAGACAGCAACAUAAUGGAGGCAAACAGCAUUGAGAAAGAUGACACGGUCCGAUUCGAAGAUCAGAUCAAACUGCAUCACCUCAAGGCGUUGAUGCAGAAGUUUGCUCGCCACGAGCCCACAGAUGACAUGCCACCAGAUGGCUUCGUAACACCGGGUAGGAUCGUUAAGAGAGAGUCAGGGAACGUGACCGUGAAGGAAUUCAAGGAGAUGAUACACAGUCUCUUCAAGACCACGGCGUGGGAUGUGCAGAUGGAGAACCUGUUCGCUAAGGUCGACACAUCAGCUGACGGGAUGGUGGAUUGGAAUGAGUUCUGCACGUACAUGUUGCUUCACUAUCGUGAGAAUGAUAACGUCAAGAAGGAUUUACCUUUGAAAUACGAGCCUCACUUUAGACACAUUACGCAAAAUAAGCAAGAGAUUAUACAGUGUGUCAUCGCCCUUGAUAACCCGCCGAGAUACGUCACUCUCAGCAAGGAGGGAAUGUUAUGCGUCCUGGAUGCCAACUUCCUCCACGUGGAGCGCAGCUAUGAGCUCAAGAAUGAGAACGAGGACCCUCGCGCCUCUAAGAGGCGCUGCAAGACUUGGUACACCGACAUCACCACCAUGUGCAAUGCCAAUAAGAUAGUGAUCAGUUCUACGGGCAGAGAUCUCAGGUUCUGGGACAUCUCUUGCCCCACCAGCUUCUUUGAAGACUUUCACCUUUAUGCCUUGCCCGAUGUUCCCGAGUGCCUCGACUACUGGUAUGACCCACAGAAACCGUCCAGCGAGUCUCUUCUUAUCGUAGGUGAUGAUCAAGGCUCCAUUCAUCUUUAUCAUUUCAUUAAACCCUUGGACAGGCUCUUUGAGACACCCUUCACGGACAAGGAGGGAGUCAAGAAGAUAUGGGCUCAGGAUCUGCCCAAUCACCAGCGUUACGUCCGACACACUAAGCUGCCUGGUAUUCACACGGAGAUGAUUCGCAAGGUGCGUUAUCUCCCGGACAAUGACUACAUCAUCUCAUCCAGUGGCAGUAAGACCUCAUCACUGGUCCUGAGGGAUACACAGGGCAAGAAGAAGACGUACACGUUCAGGAUGAGCAAGGGUGUUGAAUGUUUUGACUUCAACAAGACUCUGAAUGUCAUAGCAACAGGUGGUAUCGACCACAAUGUCCUUCUGUGGAAUCCUUUUGUUCAGGACAGACCCACUGCGUGCCUUAAAGGUCACAUGAUGUCCGUCGUGGGCGUGGCCAUUAACGAGAUUACUGCGCAUGUCUACACUUACGCCAAAGAUGGGGUUAUCAAAGUUUGGGACUUGAAGGAGUACUCGUGUCUCCAGACGUACCCGAUGCGGUUCCCAUGCCUCCAGCAUCUCCGCUCGCCGGAGUAUGGUUCAUCCUGCCUGGUACUCCAUCACCGAUCGCUGGUAGCGUGCUGUGGGGAUUACAUAGGCACGUUGAACCUUGGCAAGACAGAGAUGGCAAGUCGCCGAAUGCCUGUGACGCAUAAGACAAAGCUGUGCUGUGCAAUAUACAACUCGUUCUUCAAGCAAGUAGCGACAGCUGCAGAUGAUUCGACCAUCACUGUCUGGGAUCUCAACUCGGGUGUCAAAUCCUUCUCCAUCUUAGAAGCACAUAGUAAGGAGGAUAUCACUAGCAUGGUGUUCAACACGACGGGACGAAAGAUGAUCACGGGGGCACGAAAUGGCACAAUCAAGGUGUGGAAUUUUCAGAAUGGUCACAACAUCAACCAGUUUGAGCCGAUUGCCGAGGCGGAGAUCACCGGCCUAGUCUCGUUAGGCAAGAGGAAAGGCGUGUUGGCCGUGGGUUGGAGUCGACAGAUCGUGUUCUACAAUGACAAGGAUGCAGAGACAUUAUUGGUGAAAGCAGACACCAGUUGGAAGGGUGGCCAGGUCCAUCAAGAUGACAUCUUGGCCGUCGAUUACUGCCCUCCCAACCUGCUAGCUACGGCCUGCUUCGAUGGGGAAAUCAUCGUGUGGAGCGUGGAGACAGAGACGAUAUUCAUCCGGCUAAGGAAAGGCCAAUCUUGCCAGGUGAGCAAGCGGCUAAAGCAGGCUCUCUCCUCACUGGAGCAAACAAAGGACAAACCAUCAUCUGGAAAAGGGACCAAUUCAUCCCGCAGCCACUUUUCCUCAGGGCAUUCCAGUCACUCGUCUAGAAACUCCCGACCAAAUACCAGACAUCAAGCAAACCACAAGCAACCAGCAGGUUUCACGCAGGCUCCUGUAGACAAGAUCCUCUUCCUGAAGAGUCGCAUCAUCAACAAGGGUCUGACAGAGGGCGCCGUUCUCAUCUCCAGUGAGGCGGGGUUUCUUCACUUCUGGUCAAUUUAUGGAUUCUCAAACAACCACAAAGGUUUCUUUUAUGCCAGUAACUCUGUUACUAAGGAGGAGUCGGUUCUCGCUAUGACAACCAAUCAUGAUGAUUCGAUGCUGAUAACGGGAGAUACCAUGGGCCAUGUGUAUGUAUGGGAUGUCGGCAAGUACUGUCUGGAUCCAACAGGAAAGGAAGAAACACGCCGGCCUCCCCUUAUCCACACAUGGCGUGCCCAUGACUUAGCAGUAGUCAGUGUGGAGUUUAUACGGGAGGCAUACAGCUACUUUGUGCUGACCGCUUCUACAGACUGGACGGCAAGGCUGUGGACAAUGGAGGGUCACUACGUCGGGACCUUCGGACAGUCCAAGAAAUGGAAUCUACGGAAUCCAGACACUUAUGAACAUCCGAGGACACCAUGGAGUCACCUGGAGGAGAGACGCACACUCCUAGAUGAGAUUUUAUCGCAAGACCAAGAUGACACGCCUGAUGAUGAUGUAUUUGUCGAUAGCUUGGAUAAAGCGGCAGAACUCAACAACAAUAAUAUCAUCAGCCCAACUCUGCAAUCAACGAAAGAAGGAGCAGACAAAAAUGUAAACACUGAGUCAGAGAUCAUGCCUAGCAUUGCAACUUCUCUUCCUUCAGAUACGGACACUUUCAGUGAAGAGGCAGACAAGGAUAACAAAGCUCAGCUGGUAACCCUGCCUUCCAUACACACACCGACAGCUUCCAGGGAACCAGCCAGCAAAGGUCGGCCUAAGGUCUCCAUUAAAUCUCCUCCACCCCUGACGAAUGACGAUAGUCCGCAUAUGUCCAAGUCCAGACGAGAGUCAGAGUACCCGUUGCUUGCUUCGGACAAGUUUCGUCUCAGAUCAAGCAAUGCCGGAGAAUCUGAAUAUGGAUUUAUGCUUGAUGCUCAGACAAGGAGUCUGCGAUCUGUUACCACGUGGGAGGAUGACCUUGGCCGGAGGUCAAGCAGGUCAAUGACCUUGUCGAGUUUUGGAUCGUACAGCACCGGCAGGAAACAGUCCAAGUCAGCACCUAGCUUACUUGGUCGUCAGGUGGAUGAGGACUUUGCCAGGAUCUCUCACAGCAGACAGGAGCGUCGGCAGCGAUGCGGAGGGGUAGACGUGAAGGCUACCCAGAGAUUUGGCAAACUAUGCUCCCCGUUCCAAGCACUUACAACCCUGAAGACCGAUGAAGUUCUUUUCCCCUCCAGCCUGCCAAUGACCCCAGGCAUGUUGACCCGAGGCUUGACGUGCACUAAUGAAGCCGAACUACGUAAUAUGACACUCAGCCCCACCCCAGGGGAAUACUGUCGUUCCGGGUUUGUAGACCAAGGCACGUCAACGUCACCCUUGCCUGCAAUCAGGCGGAUGUCAAGGACGAGCUGGAACAGGUGAUAUCAGCCCCACCCCAGGGGAUCUGCCCCACCCAGGGGAUGAGUUCUACAAGGGAAUGCUGGCCCUAAAGGACAGGCCAAAAGAGAUGACAUCAGCCCCACCCCAUGGGGAUGAGGCCAACCACCAGAGGAUAAGCCCCCUCUAAAAUAUUUGUAUAAAGGGAACUGUAAUUACUAGAAAUUUGUAUAGAUGUAUAGAGUAGCCAUAUGACAAUCAGUCCCACCCUAGGGAAAACAGUCCCUACCAUGGUAGAGCAAAUCUAACACACCCCCUUCCCCGGGAAAAAAGUACAUCUCUUCGAAUUCUGCGCAAGACAAUCACAAUUUUUGGCCAAACGUGAGUGCAAUGUCUUCUGCUUUUCUGUAGUAUUUUCUAAAGUAUUCAUGUACAUAUAUUUAAACUUUUAACAACUCCUUUUCCUAUGUUUGAAUUUUUUCGUAUUCAAGGUUCGUUAAAGUUAGUGGAACAGCAAAAAUAGAAGUAUUUCUCAAAAUUCACAUUGAUGUAGACAAAUGUCAAUUGCCAAAUUUGUUCACAUAACCGAAUGUUGUCUUUGAAGUCAAUUGUGUGUGUUGGACAGAAACUGCCAGAGGUUAUGCUGGUUUGAUUUUGAAUUUGUAAAAUGAUUGAAAAACCUGCUGAUUUGAUUUUUAUUACUGAGGAAAAUCAAGAUACCUGGAUAGUCGGUUAAAAAUAUCUUUAACAUAUUGCAUAUUCUGAUAUUAAACCCAAAAUAUUGUUUUUGCAAGUCACAAUUUCAGAGAUCUUUCUCAGGGUAAGAUUUAUAUGAAAAUAGAACAAAGAAAUAUAUUUCCGGUUUUCACAGUUUGGUUUUAAUAAAUCAAUUCUUUUAUUGUACAACUGAAGGGAUCUGUACAGCAAGUGUAUGUUACUUUAACUGUUCUUUUUGCAGAAUGUGUAUAAAUCAAGUUUAAAUUGCUGAGGUUUCAGAAAAAGUAUGUGAAAGGUUACCCACAAAUUUAAGCCAAAGCAAAACCAGUCAUGGUUGAACAUAGAGCUUGAACUAGGGUAAUCAUCACCUGGACAGAACUACCAAAAACAAAACAAAAACUAACAGCAACUUAUUUUGAAUCAGAGGGGAAAGUUCAGGUAUUAUAUCUGUUUGGAAAAAUGGGCCUAUAUUUGUCUAUGCUAAAGUUGGACGGAGUUUAACAAAAACAAAAUGAAUUAUGUCUCGCACAAAAAAGCUAUAUACAUAUAAACACAUCCAUGAAAUUCAACAACAAAAAAGGAAAAGUACAUUAACAUUUUGGAAUGUCUUCAAUAAUGGGUUUUGAGAAAAGUACCAUCGUAAGUGAUAAGAUCUUUCAGGAAAUGUUGGACAAAAGUGGAGCUCACUUUAAUAAGUGCUCAAGUUACUCUGGUGCUAGUGAA